AUGAGUCUGUGAUCUUUUUCCCAACAGCCACCCUUGGUGCUGGUGCAGCAGCGAGGGUCUGAGGCGAGUGCCGUGCUCCGUCCUCACUGCCGCUGACUUCUGUUGCAGUGGAGGCUGCAGGGCCGGGCAGCAGCCUGAGGGGCCAGGACCAGCAGGAGCAGCAUGCCACUGCUGUGAGGAUCAGUGCCAGACCAUGCACUACAGUACAGUGCAAUUCCUUCAUCAUAUUUUGUGCCAAAGAAAAAAUUCAGUGCCAUAACUUUGAACAGCACCUUGCAUGCUCUGAUCAGGGGUGCUCAGGAGAACCACCACCACCACCACCACCUUGCUGCUGGCAUCUCCAGCCAUAAAGGAAAGGGAGAGUUUGAGUGAGAGAAGGUUUGAGACCGAGAGCAAGUUCACCAGACACAGCCUUGCACACACUGCUGAAGGGAAGCAUGAGUGCCAAGAGUGUGGGAAAAGACUCCCUGGGAAGGGUGACCUCAACAAACACACCCACACACUCUGGUGGAAGACCUCUUAAAUGCCAAGAGUGUGGCAAAGUGUUCAGUAGGAAGAGUGACCUUAACACACACACCCUUACACACACUGGUGAAAGACCUUAUGAAUGCCAAGAGUGUGGCAAAGUGUUCAGUAGGAAGAGUGACCUUAACACACACACCCUUACACACACUGGUGAAAGACCUCAUGAAUGCCAGGAGUGUGGCAAAGUGUUCAGUAGGAAGAGUAACCUAAACACACACACCCUUACACACACUGGUGAAAGACCUCAUGAAUGCCAUGAGUGUGGCAAAGUGUUCAGUAGGAAGAGUAACCUUAACAGACACACCCUUACACACACUGGUGAAAGACCUCAUGAGUGCCAAGAGUGUGGCAAAGUGUUCACUCAGAAGAGUAGCCUUAACACACACACCCUUACACACUCUAGUGGAAGACCUCAUGAGUGCCAAGAGUGUGGCAAAGUGUUCAGUAGGAAGAGUAGCCUUAACAGACACACCCUUACACACACUGGUGAAAGACCUCAUGAAUGCCAAGAGUGUGGCAACGUGUUCAAUAGGAAGAGUAGCCUCAAAUUACACACCCUUACACACACUGGUAAAAGACCUCAUGAAUGCCAAGAGUGUGGCAAAGUGUUCAGUACGAAGAGUGACCUUAAAAAACACACCCUUACACACACUGGUGAAAGACCUCAUGAAUGCCAAGAGUGUGGCAAAGUGUUCACUCAGAAGAGUCACCUUAACACACACACCCUUACACACACUGGUGAAAGACCUCAUGAAUGCCCUGAGUGUGACAGAAGGUUCAGUGUGAAGAGUGAACUAAAUAUACACAUACAUAAACACACUGGUGAAAGACCUCAUGAAUGCCUUGAGUGUGACAGAAGCUUCUUUUCUAAGUCUGCUUUGAACAGCCACGUUGUCACACACUCUGAUCUGAGAGAGUUCACGUGUGAUGUUUGUCUAAAACAUUUCAAGACCAAGUGGAGUAUUGCCAGGCACAUGAAGAUCCACUUCCCCUGAGGUGUUGUGUGGUGCUGCUGUAUGUGGUGGCGGUGGGGGACAGUGUUUGGCAACCCCGCCCUGGCUGAAGAACAAGAAGAAAGAGAAGACAAAGAGAGAAAGACAGACAUGGAGGAACAACAAGAACAGAAAAGAAAGAAAGGAAUGAAAAGACUAGUGAAAGAAAGAGGAGAAAGAUGGACAAGAAAAUAUUAUGAAAAAUCACGAACAGAAAGAAAAGGAAUGGAGGAGAGGAAGAAAUUAUGAAAGAAGAGGAAGAUAAUAGAAGGAAGCCUGGAUGAAAAGGAGAAAGAGGAGCAGCAUCAAGACGGGGAUAGUUAGAAAAGGGUCAUCAGCAUCUUGGCUUAUGGUCCAUCUCCCUUUCCUGGGGUGGGACUUGCCAUGGUCCUCCUCCAUCUUGCUGGUCCGGUGCUAAUCCUUCCUCUAUUUCCAACACUCCCAAGUCUUGUGUCACUGUUCCUCUCCAUGCUCUCCUUGGUCUUACAACUGGUCUCCUCCCGGGCACCUCCACCGCCCUCUGUCUCUCUCCUCACAUGUCCCAACCAUUGCAGCCUUCUCUGUUUCUCUCUUCUCUGUGUCUCCUUCACACCACGUCUCUCAGCCACUUCCUUAUUCCCUUCCUUGCCACCUGUCUCUCUCCUCACAUGUCCCAACCAUUGCAGCCUUCCCUGUCUCUCUCCUCUGUGUCUCCUUCACACCACAUCUCUCAGCCACUUCCUUAUUCCCUUCCCUGCCACCUGUCUCUCCUCACAUGUCCCAACCAUUGCAGCCUUCUCUGUCUCUCUCCUCUGUGUCUCCUUCACAUCACAUCUCUCAGCCACUUCCUUAUUCCCUUCCCUGCCACCUGUCUCUCUCCACACAUGUCCCAACCAUUGCAGCCUUCUCUGUCUCUCUCUCCUCUGUGUCUCCUUCACAUCACAUCUCUCAGCCACUUCCUCAUUCUUUCCACUGAGUGUAUAUAUGUGUGUGUGUGUAAGUUUGUAUAAUAUAUUUCUUCCUUACACAA